CUGAUGUUCUGAUGUUUGUUGACAUGCAAAUGGCGUUCGAAGUUCCGACUGCACUUGAUUCUUUAUAAAUUACUAACAGAAUAUGUUAAGGCCUGCGGAAAUUGUAGCAAUUUUAAAAGGGGAUGUAUCGGAUAUUGAGGAUGAUGUGGAGGCGGAUAUAUUGAGAACAGUUUUUCGAGAUCCAGUUUCGGGUGAAGAAGCUCCUGGUGGGGAAAUUUUGAAUGUAGACUGCUUCAGUGUGCCUGUGGAAAUUCACAUGAUGAAUGACUAUGAAGAAGAAGAUUUAGAUGACACACCCCUCAUUGUGAGACUUGCAAGUCAAAAUCAGAGCGAGGUACUUAUACACAAAGUAAGAAAUAAAAGUUGGCGACACAAAAGCAUGGAACCAAUAGAUGUGACCUAUAAUUCCACAUAUUCUGAUCCUCCAAAUGAUGACAUCAGCCCAUUGAAUUACUUCGAAAAAUUUAUUGAUAACAGCAUCAUUCAAAACCUAGUAGCAAACAAAUUUGUAUUCUACACAGAAAACAGGAAAGUCCAUCAACACAUCAAUAAUCGAAAUGUCACAUUUCUUGAAAUACACAUUUUAGCUGGAGUUGUUCACGUGCCAAAAUAUAGGAUGUACUGGGCUGAUACUACCUGUUACGAGCCUAUAGCAGGAACUAUGCCACGUGAUCGAUUUUGUAAGUUGAGGAAUUAUUUGCAUGCAAAUAAUAAUGAUAACAUGGUUCCAAGAGAACAUGAAGACUAUGAUAAAUUAUUCGAAUAAGACCUUUUGUGGAUUCUCUGAGAAAUAAUUUUCUAAAAAUCGAACCAGAAGAGUACAAUUCAGUAGACGAGAUGAUGAUUCCGCUCAAGUCUCACACAUCUGUGCUGCAAUAUAUAAAGAGCAAGCCACACCGAUGGAGAGUAAAAGUAUUUGUACGGGCUGGUGUAAGUGGUAUAGUUUAUGAUUUUGAAAUCUAUGUAGGGAAGGGGACAAGAGUGAAAGAUGGUCCUUUAGGUAUGAGUGGCAGUGUAGUCUUGAGGCUUGUAGAUGAUUUGCCAAAAUAUCAGAACCACAAAUUAUUUGUUGAUAAUUGGUUUGCUUCCUAUGACCUGCCUGUGGAACUAAAGAAACUGGGAAUAUAUAUGGUGGCAACCCUGAGAAAGAACCGAUUGGCAGGAUGCUGUUUGCAAACAGACGCUUCUUUGAAAAAAAGAGGUCGAGGUUCGUAUGAUUACAGAGUAGAGACGAAUGAGAACGUCAUCUUACUAAAAUGGUUUGACAAUAAGGCAGUGCACCUUAUCUAUUCUAAUAAAAGUCAAAAGCCCAUUGAAAAUGUAAGACGAUGGUCAGUUUCUUCUAAGCAAUAUGUGAAUGUCCCUCGGCCUGCAAUAGUGAAUGAAUACAACACUUUUAUGGGGGGCGUUGAUCUGCACGAUAUGCUUCUUCAACUCUACCGAACAAACAUCAAGGGACGUCGGUUCUACCUCAGAAUUAUAUUUCAUCUAAUCAGCAUGGCAUGCGUCAAUGCAUGGCUGUUGUAUAGAAGACAUUGCAGCCAGAAAAAUGAGAAAUACCGACCAUUGCUUGAUUUUGUUUGUGAUAUUGCAGCAGGUCUUUUGAAGAGGGGUACAACAGAACCAAGAAAGAGCGGGCGUCCAACUGAUUCACCAAAGCCAGGACCAUCGAAGAAGAGGAGAAUGGAAAAAUCAACCCGUCCUGUCGCUGAUGUACGCUACAAUAGUGUAGGCCACUGGCCUCAACACGAACCUGCCAAGUAAAGAUGCAAAUUGUGUAUCAAAAGUUACUCUAGGAUCAAGUGUGGGAAAUGUAAUGUUUCACUCUGCCUCAACAAAGAAAAAAACUGUUUCAAAGAUUUCCACAUACCAUAAUUUGAAUGCUGUCAUGUAUCAAAACCAGCAAAGGUUUUCAAAUGUUUUGUAAUAUUUAGAUACACAUGGUUAGAGUAAAACGUGAAUUAUAGAAAAGUAAAAUGUUUAUAUUUUGCCUUCCCUAGCUGCACCACAAUGUCCCAAUGAUACCAUUUGGAAUCGUUUCAGAAUUUGUACGCCAAAAUUUAUUUUUAUAAAUAUGUCUGAAAUUUUUGUUUAAUUGGACCUAAAGACAAAAUA